CGUUCAAUCUCUUCCUUCUCAGGAUCUCCAUCUCCGGCAAACCCUAACCAUUGCAGACCAGAUAAUCGCAUGGCUCAGGCACUGAAAAAGGCACAGUCGGAGGGAAAGUCUCUGAAAAGCUUUAUAUUCGCCGUUAAUCUCCAGGUUCUGGGGAAAGACUACCACAGCGCCGUGUUUUAUUUUGCUACAGAAGAUCCUAUCCCGUACAGAUCGUUGCUCUACUGGUUUAUCAACGGAGAUGACGCUUUUCGAAAUCAACGGUUCAAGAUUGUUAACUGCAUCAUGAAAGGGCCAUGGAUCAUGAAGAAAGCAGUGGGGAAUUACAGUGUGUGCUUGUUAGGUAAGGCCUUGACCUAUAAUUGUCACAGAGGAGCCAGUUAUUUGGAGAUCGAUGUCGAUAUCUCGAGCUCGGCAAUCACUAUUGCGAUUUUACACCUGGCAUUCGGAUAUGUGACGAGUGUGACCAUCAAUAUGGGGUCGUGGUGGAGGCGCAGACCGAGGACAAGUUACCGGAAAGGUUAAUUGAUGCGGUUAGGGUUUGUCAAAUGGAGAUGUCGUUUGCGAUGGUUGUUGAGACUUUGACGACAAAUUAAUACAAACAAGCGCAGACCGGCUUGAGUUUGCUAGAGAUGGAGAUCCUGGGAAGGAAGAGAUUGAACGGAAGGGAUGCUGAUGAGAGGAGAAACAUGUAAUUUAACUUAUUUAGUUUCUUUCGUAAAUAUUCAAUUAAUCUUAAAUAAUGCUAACUUCAUUUA